GUACGUCAUUCGUCGGAAUCAUCUUCGAAAAUUGAAAAUGGAUCGGUAGCUGGGAAAGAAACUUAAAGCGAAAUACGCAAAGAAAACGGCUUUUGUCCGCUAUUUCAGCGAUUUUUUUUGUGUUGUAAUCAGCAGAGGAAAUUUUAACAACGACCAGGACCCACAACACCACCACAGCCUCAGCCACUUCCUGCAGAAACACCACAGCGAUUCGCAUCCAACAAAAGAGAAGAAAAAAUAGAAUCCCCUGCACCACCACAACCACAACUACAACUACAAAUACAGCAACAACACUACUGCACAGCCCAAGCCACAAAGGUGAAACGCGAAAAGAGCGCAGAAAAUUAAACGGAGUCAAAGAGAGGAAUAAAUAAACCCAAAUUUUUUGCUUGCGCUUUUGCCCGUGAUGCCGAUGUGAUGAGAGAAAUCAGCGAACGAAAACAACACCAACUACAGGGACACCAACGACGACUCAACCACCAAACUUGACCAACGAAAAACUGAAUUAGAUAAACGGAUACCAGAAUCGAAUCAAAUUAACCAACAACAGGAGCAGUAGCAGCGCCGUAUUUCUUGUCAAUUGGAUUAAAAAGAAGAAAAAACAUCAUCCCAUAGGCGGCCACCAUUUUGAAUGAGCUGAAGCGAAAGAGAUAGAGCUGAGAGAGCGCGAGAGACCGAGGCGAUACGUGGGCUCUCAUUUGUUGCACUACGCAUUGCAGCUGGCCCCGCGGCGUAAACGUAACUGAAAACCAAGACCCUUUCCAGUCUGGUCUCUCCGUCUAAUCGCGUCCGGAACCAACAGCAACAGCAACAUGGUGGAGCUGGAGGAGCAGAAAUCCAGCACAGCAGCUGCCUCUGCCGCCAACAACAACGGCAACAACAACCCCCGAGGUUCUGGAGACAGCGGCAUACGCAGCGACAGCUGCAGUCAGUCAGACGGACAGAAUGAGCUGACGCGCUACAGCAGCGAGGAUGUGUCGGGCAAUGAGUCGAGCGAGGCGCCCAAUAUGACCGAAGUGGAGAGGCAGGCUGAGCUCAACCGGCAUAAGGAGGAGAUGCAGAAGAAGAGGCGAAAGAAACGCAUCAGUUCCUCUUUGCAUUCCUCAACGUUCCAAGAGCUGUAUAAGCUGACCGGCGAGAUUCUGGGUGAGGGCGCCUAUGCAUCGGUCCAGACGUGCGUCAACAUCUACACCGAUCUGGAGUACGCCGUGAAGGUGAUCGAUAAGAUACCGGGGCAUGCGCGUGCUCGUGUCUUUCGCGAAGUGGAGACAUUCCAUCACUGCCAGGGCCACCCGGGCAUCUUGCAACUGAUUGAGUUUUUCGAGGAUGACGAGAAGUUUUACCUGGUGUUUGAGAAAAUCAACGGCGGUCCCCUGCUGACGCGCAUUCAGGAGCACAUCUGCUUCUCCGAGCACGAGGCUUCGCAGAUAAUCAAGGAGAUCGCCUCCGGCCUGGAUUUCUUGCACAAGAAGGGCAUCGCCCAUCGUGAUCUCAAGCCGGAGAAUAUUCUGUGCGUCAAGACGGACUCGCUGUGCCCGAUCAAGAUUUGCGACUUUGAUCUGGGUUCGGGAAUUAAGUUCACCACGGAUAUAUCCUCGCCGGCAGCCACUCCCCAACUACUGACACCGGUUGGAAGUGCCGAAUUCAUGGCCCCUGAAGUGGUUGAUUUGUUUGUGGGUGAGGCUCACUACUACGAUAAGAGGUGUGAUCUAUGGUCCCUGGGAGUCAUUGCAUACAUCCUGCUGUGUGGCUAUCCGCCAUUCUCGGGCAAUUGUGGCGAGGAUUGCGGAUGGAAUCGCGGUGAGAACUGUCGCACGUGCCAGGAGCUGCUUUUCGAGUCCAUUCAAGAAGGACACUUUUCCUUUCCGGAGGCCGAAUGGCACGAUGUUAGCGAUGAGGCCAAGGAUCUUAUUUGCAAUUUGCUUGUCAAACAGGCCUCGGAUCGCCUCAGUGCUGAGGCGGUGUUGAACCACACCUGGAUUCGUGCCAGCGAACACGAGCCGAAGGCCAAGCAAACGAGCCGCCACAAGGCUCUGCAAACUCCAGCUAACAUCCGACGCAACCAUCAGUCGGCGAGGGAAAUCUCUCAGUUUGCCGAAUCGGCCAUGGCAGUAAAACGAGUGGUCUUGCAGCAUUUCUCUAUGCGCUACGACUAUAUGAAGGAGCGCCCGAACAUCUAUCAGCCAUCGCAGGCGUACAUGGAUGCCUACAGCGAUGAGAACUACAAUCCGAAGCCGCCAGCUCAUUACACUCGCAAUCGCUCUCAGCGCAAUCCCGCUACCUCGCUGUCCAGCUACGGCGGACGCGUAUCAUCGAUGCACGGCCAGCGUGCCAGUAGCCGUCAGUCUUCCAGGAAUGCUUCUCGCAAUGCUUCGGCAAUUUAUCCAAAUAGCGGAGGCUUCAAGACCCUCAACGUUCACGAGGAGGAUGACGACGACGAAGCUCUGGAGGCAUUUGGUCGGAUCGAUGAUGAGGACGACGAGUGGGCCAAAUCGACGAGGCAGUAUCAGCAGCAACGGGAACUGCAACAGCAGCAGGAGGCGCUAGGCGAGAAUAGGUAUGCGAGGCGCGAGAGCGGCAGCGAGGGCGACGAUCUGGAGGAGGAGGAGGAUGGAGAGAGCGAGGACUAUCAGCACUAUAAGCAUUAUUGGCGUGAGUUGGACGAGGACGAGGGUGAUGACUAUCUUUAUGAGAAGCAGCAACGCGUCGACGACAUAGCCGAAGAGGAGGAGGAGAACGAGAACGUUGAGAAGCAAAACGUUCAGGACCAGGAGGAGGAAAAUGAGAAGCGACCAGCCGACAAUCUAAAGCAAUUGAAAGCUAACGUGGAACAAGUUGGCGAAGCCAACGUGGAGGAUUCGAAGCCACAGCAGGAUAACGGUGGGUAUGGAAAGGAGGAACUUAUCGAUAAUAUGGAUAUGGAGGAAACAACCCAGCAAAGCGAAUUUGCUAAGCUCACCACAAUGCGCAAGAAUGCGCAGGAGGAGGAGAAGGAGAAGCAGAAGCAGAAGGAUAUAGAAGAGAUCAAGCAGCAGCAGGAUGAUGAUGAUGUUGAUGGGGCUAAGAAGCAAGGACCAUCAAGUGAUAUUAGUGCUACUACCAUCACCGAUAAUAACCAGCAGCAUACACCAGUUACUACGACUACGACACACAUUAACAACUGGCAAACUGGCGAUGCAGAUAAUGAUGAUGAUGAUGUUAAACUAUUGGAUAGUAUUAGUGAUUUAAAAGAAAAGCUACCUGAAAUUUAUGAGACUGCAAAUAUUGUUGUCAACUCAGCGGCAGUGCCAGCAACAGCAGCAGCAGCAACAACACCAGCAGCAGCAUCAGCAAAACGCCCACCAACCGAUAACCUAGAAGAUGAUUCGAACGCGAUCAAACCAACCACUGUGGCUGAGGGGACAACAAUGCGAACGACUUUUGGCAAGGCGGCAGAGCUGGAUAUGGAAAUAGAUGAGAAGAAGCCAACCCUAACCCAAACCCAGGCCACCGGCCAAAGCAAGCCCGGCCGUAGUGUUUACUUUGCCGUCGAUGCAUAUCAGAACGAUGAGGAUGCCGACAUCGAUGAGGAGGACGACGAGUACGACGAAGUGGGGAUGGAGCAGCAUGAGCCACGCAAGCAGUCACAGCACUCCAUGUCCAAUGCCUACACUAGGAAGCAGCGACAGCAGCAUAAUAAUAGGUACAGUGUACCGCGCUACCAGCCAUCGGAUGCAGCAACAUCUUCUCCCAGACAGCAGACCGAGAACUGGCGCUAUCGUACACAUCAUUCGCAGGAGCAGCAGCCGGCAGCGAGCUACCGCAAGUACCGUCCGCCCUUCAGCACUGGAGGCGGCGGUGGGCACUAUGGCAACCAGCAACGCAAUUAUCUGGGCAGCUUUUCGCACAGCGGCGGUGCCGCUGGCUACAAGGUGGCUCCCAUGCAGAUGCCAAUGCAGCCGCCUCAAAAGCUGCUGCCUCAGAGGCACAACAGUGCUGGGAGCAGCGGAAGUGGCAGCGGCAGCGGGGGAUCCCCGCCUUCCGAUGAGCAGUCGACGAUCCGCAAUUGGCGACAGGAUUGCGUCUACGCCCCCCAAUGUGGAAUGAAUCAACCGCCGCCUUUGCAGCAGCAGAACAAUCGUUCGACUGCUCAGCGAGCUCAGCAGCAGCCACGGAUUGGCAGCGGUCGCUUCGCCCACCUGCAGGCGGCCCAGCUGUUGGAGGAGCUGCCUGACAUGCGAAUCGGCUUGUCGCCGCCCAGCGAGAGUGUGCUGCUCCAGCGACGCCUGCGCCAGCAACAGCGGGCCAACGAUCUGUCCGAGUAUUGCGAGCCGGCCACAGCAAGUGGCUAGUGAGUGUGAAGUCAGUCCUCCUGCACUUGGGCAGAAAACUCUGUUUUUCACGCACAUUCUCUGAUGAAAACCAACUUUCCACUUAUAUGAUUC